AUGGCGCUCCAAUUCCCCGACUUCCUCAGUACGUAUCGGUUCUGGAUCGCUUCCUCACUAUUCUGCUCGAAUCUGCUGGUCAGAUAUGCCCCGAAUUACUCCAUCCGUCACUCCUACACAUGGACAGCCUCGGCGGCCUACCUUCUCUGCUGGCUGAUCUACGCCGUAUACUGCGUCCUCAUCUAUCCUCACUUUGUCAGUCCUCUGCGGCACCUCCCCAAUGUACCGGGUGGCUCGCUCUUCAACGGCCAAUGGUCUGUCGUGGUCAAAGAGCCGUCCGGCAUGCCUCUUCGACGAUGGGCAAAUGAGAUCCCCAACGAGGGGCUGCUUCGGUACCUCCAUCUCUUCAACCGCGAGCGCCUCCUGAUCACCAAUCCCAAGGCCCUUGCCGAAGUUCUGACCACCAAGAGCUACGACUUCAUCAAACCUGGACUCGUCCGCAAUGGCCUUGCCCAGGUUCUGGGCGUUGGAAUCCUUCUUGCCGAGGGCGACGAGCAUAAAGCACAGCGGAAGAAUCUCAUGCCGGCCUUCCACUUCCGGCACAUCAAGGAGCUGUAUCCUAUCUUCUGGUCCAAGGCCAUGGAGCUGGUGCAUUGCAUCCAAGCGGAGCUGAAGCCGGAAGCCGGAGUCGAAUCUUCCAUCGAGAUUGGCGACUGGGCUAGUCGGGCCACGCUUGACAUUAUCGGCACCACUGGCAUGGGCCAGGAGUUCAAUGCUCUCCGGGACCCGACAAAUGAGCUGAAUCGCGUCUACCGUGCUGCGUUCCAACCCGACCGCGCCGCCCAACUCCUUGCGCUGCUACAGUUCAUCCUGCCGUCGUUCAUCUUGCGCAGCCUUCCGCUGGCGCGCAACCGGACUGUGCAAGCGGCCGCGAAGGUUGCCCGCGACACGUGCCGGCGGCUGGUGGAGCAGAAGAAGCGACGUCUCGCCAACAAGGAGCCUAUGCAGCCGGACAUCACCUCGGUGGCCCUCGAGUCCGGCGGCUUCACGGACGAUGAACUGGUCGACAACAUGAUGACAUUUCUGGCUGCGGGACACGAGACGACUGCUUCUGCAUUCACCUGGGCGGUGUACAUGCUGUGCCAGCACCCAGAGAUCCAGACCCGUCUGAGGCAGGAAGUCCACUCACACAUCCCAAACCCCGGUCCGGAGAUGCAGAUCACGCAUGACCUCAUCGACCACAUGCCCUACCUGCACGCCGUGUGUCAGGAGACGCUGCGGCUGUGGGCGCCUGUACCAUUGACCCUGCGCCUCGCGGCUGCCAACACGUCGAUUCUCGGCCAUUUCGUGCCCAAGAACACCAUCAUCAUCCUCUCACCGUGGGCCGUCAACAACAACGUUGAGAUGUGGGGCCCCGAUGCCGACAAAUUCAAUCCAGACCGCUGGACUGCCCCUGGUCAAGCCAACGCCGGGGGUGCCGUCAGCAACUACGCCUUCCUCACCUUCCUGCACGGGCCGAGAAGCUGUAUCGGCAUGAAGUUCGCCCAGGCCGAGUUCGCAUGUCUGCUUGCCGCAUUCGUGGCCUCGUUCGAGACGACUCUGGCGGACCCGGACGAGAAGAUGGAAAUCAAAGGCGGGGUCACGGCGAGGCCCAAGAAUGGACUCCGAGUGUGUCUCAAGAGCGUGCCGUGGGGACUGAGCAGCCGAACAGAGCUGCUUUGA